ACUUCGAUGCUCAAGUUGGCAGUAGCAAUGGGCUGUCAGCAAACAAAGGUAAGACGUUCAAAGAAGAAUGAUACUCCAGUUAUUAAGGAUGGAAUUACCUUCGAUUCUUUUCUAUCGGAUGAAGAAAAGUCAAUUGUCAGGAAAACAUGGUCUAACCAUUUUGAAAAAGAUAUGGUCGGAUUUGGUGUGAUUGUGUUUGAAAGAAUAUUUGAGGCUAAACCUGAAGUAAAGUCAUUAUUCCCGUUCGGGGAUCAGAGCGGAGAAUCUCUACGUAAAAAUCAUCUUUUUAGAGCUCACGGUCUAAGGUUUAUGAAGGCAGUUGGUGCUUGUGUAGACUCAUUAGACGAUACAGAGUCGACUUUGACGCCUAUGCUUUUGAGACUUGGUGAAACUCAUGCUAGAAUUGAUGGAUUUUCUUGCUGCUAUUUUGAUGCCUAUAAAGCUACUAUGACAAAUGUUUGGGGUAAUCAAUUGGGUAAAAUAUGGGAAGACGAAGAUGUCAGGUUUUCAUGGACUAAAGUUUUCGAUUUUAUGAUGCAGCGUCUAGCCGAUGGAUAUCAAAAUAAGUUGAAUGAUCAGCAACGCUCUAAAGACGUUCAAAAUUCUGAAAAUGACAACGAUAGCAAAACUCAUACAAACAACAUCGAUAAAGAAAAUAAAUGUGAAAUAAUUACAAACAAUAAAGAGGGCGGAAAAGAAGAAGAGUAAUUGUUGAUAUAAAAGCGGACUACUGCAAAGUUGUGUUUAUAAAGCCUAUAAAAGCCAAACAAAAAAUUCAGUCUAAAUUCGAUAAUUAUUGAUCGAGCACUUUACAGCUAGGCAGAGGCAUUUUCCAAAACGACUUGGCGUCUUGAUUAUGACGCCUGAUAUCCUUCAUUGCAAAAGUAUGAAACGAAAGAAAUUUAUACAAUAAUUAUAUAUAUUCUAAUAUACAUAUAUUCAUAUGUGUACUCUACAUACUUUUUAAUAUAGCAUAUAAUGAAGUACAUACAUAUAUUUUUGUAUAUAGUACAUAUAUACUGUAUAUAGGGUAUGUGGUGUAUACAUAGACCAAGAGGAAGUCUUCAUUAUUAACUAUUAUGGAGUAGGGAGAGUUAUUUUUCUAUUCUUUUUUUGCUACGGUCAAUAGUUAACAAAUUCAUAGUUGGCUAUACGAUCGAUUACUCGUCAAAUAUUUAAUCGAAUAAGAGAUUAAAGCGACCGAAAAGUGAGAGGUAUCCGUUUUAAAACCCUUUACAUCUUAAUUUUAAAUCGUAAAGCGAUGAGAAAAAGGUUUCACUAAAUUAUAAUCAACUCUUUCUAUUCUUGUAUUAAAUUAGCAUUUUAAGC